AUGCCUUCUCAGGAGAUAUUUAAAACAAAGCAAAGGAAAAGCACAAACAGAAGAAGAAAGAAGAGAAGAACAGCCGAAAGCGAGUCUGAUUCUGACUCCAGUUCUUCUUCAGCUGCCUCAGAUAUUGAAAUGACCAAUGAGGAAGAAAAGAAUGACAAUAAUAGUCCUAUUAUAUCAGAUGUAGAACUGUCAGAUUUAGAGAAUGAGUCUGAAAAAAGAGAUGUUUAUGAGUUAGACAAAGAAACGAAAAACAAGCUUGCGAAUAUACCCUUGACUAGAACAGAAUUCACAUCACGUAAGGAUAAAUCUGUGCCGAUCAAUCUAAAUGCGGUUCAGAACAAGUUGGAAAUGUCUGAAGAACAACUAAAAGAUAGAAUAGCUACGGAUCAGAGUAAAGAACAAGAUGCCUACCUGAAUUUGAUGUUUGAGAAUUUUGGUGAUGAGCUGAAUGCAUUCAGAACAGCUUCUGAUUUCAAUAGCAAGACAGUUAAUAUACUAGCAAAUGUUUUGAAAGAUGGAACAGCUCUCUUUGAUAACGAGACGUUGAAAUCCAUAGUAAAAUCACAAAUAUAA